GGUUUUGGAGCUCUCUUUUACGUUUCUGAUUCACGUUGAUUUGUUUACUUUCAGUUUUGUUGCAUGAGCUGACGUGUCGUUGAUAAGUUCAUGCUGCAAUACCAUCUCUAUUUAUCGUCAGGGAAUUUGUCAACUCUUAUGAAUUUCAGAUUUGUUUCCGAACUGGUCAGGAAGACUCAGCUAUAGACGACUCAGCAAUAGAAUCUCAUUUGCUUCCAGAAGAAUGGAAGUCAUCAGCGUGAUCAUAUUUUGUGUGAUAGUUUUCUUUAUCUGGUGUUGCUGUGGAGGUUCCUCCUCAUCGAGUGCCUCCUCAUCAGCCUCCUCAUCGGGGUCAUCACAGAACAAGCUCUACCCAGAUCUCAGUCAGAUGAAGGCAAAGAAAAGCAACUCCAAUAGCCUCUUCAGCUUUUUUGGAGGCAGCAGUUAUUCUAGUUUUGUUGAUAGAUUUACCUCCCUUGAAGAUGUUACCACUGCUAUCAGAAAAGCAGGAGUAGAGGGAUGUGGCCUAAUAUUUGGGAUAGAUUAUACUGCCAGUAAUGCAGUGCAGGGUCAGAGAAGUUUUGGGGGACAGUCCCUUCACUCUAUAGGCCAGAGGUUUCUAAACCCUUACCAACAGGUGAUCUGCAUCCUAGGAGAGACCUUAGAAUCCUUUGAUGAUGACGGCAAAAUUCCUGCAUUUGGAUUUGGAGAUGCCUCAACAAGAGAUAGAGCUGUGUUUCCUUUCAGAGCUGAGGGUUAUUGUUAUGGCUUCCAUGAUGUCCUUGAGAUGUACAAUCAAAUCACCCCUAACAUUCGUCUGAGUGGAGGAACCAAUUUUGCACCUCUAAUCAAUAAAGCCAUUGAUAUUGUGAAACGUGAGCGUACGUAUCACAUCCUUGUUAUCGUCGCUGAUGGACAAGUAACCAAUGAGAGAGAAACUGUGAAUGCCAUUGUUGAAGCCUCCAAUUGGCCUAUAUCAAUCGUGAUGGUUGGGGUAGGUGAUGGACCAUGGGAUAUCAUGGAAGAUUUUGAUGACCGUCUACCUAGAAGAAAUUUUGACAAUUUUCAGUUUGUUGAUUUCCAUAAGAUAAUGACAACUGCUAGAAACCCACAGGCAGCAUUUGCCUUGCAGGCCUUGAUGGAGAUUCCAGAUCACCACAAUCCCGUGGUUAUUACUAUUUCAGCGAUAACAGUGGCAGUGUUUCGGCGCUGGAAGGCGGGCGGCAGAUGUCUCAGCAAGGCUCGCCUGGACGGCAAGACGGUGAUUAUCACGGGGGCAAACACGGGCAUCGGCAAAGAGACUGCUGUGGACCUAGCGAACAGAGGAGCUCGGGUGAUUCUAGCAUGUCGAGACAAAAGUCGCGGAGAAAAUGCGCUAGCUGACGUCAUAAAAAGGACCGGAAGUAAACAAGUGGUUUUGAAGAGUUUGGACCUGGCCUCACUAGAAUCGGUCCGAAAGUUCGCUCAAGAUAUCAACAAAACUGAAUCCAGAAUAGAUAUAUUGCUGAACAAUGCUGGAGUGAUGAUGUGCCCUUACAUGAAGACCUCUGACGGGUUCGAGAUGCAAUUCGGAACCAACCACCUCGGUCAUUUCCUUCUGACCAACCUACUCCUGGAAAAAAUAAAACGAUCCGCUCCCGCCAGAAUCAUUAAUGUUUCUUCACUAGCUCACACCUUUACCACCAAAAUUGAUUAUGACAAAAUCAAAGACGAGAAAAGCUAUAGUCGAAUCGAAGCGUACGCACAGAGCAAGCUAGCUAAUAUUCUGUUCUCCAGAGAGCUUAGCAGGAGACUUCAAGGGACUGGCGUGACAGUUAAUUCGCUCCACCCUGGUUCAGUGGCCACGGAGCUGGGCAGAUAUUUCCCAGGAUUCACCAUUUUAUAUCCAACCCUGUCUCUGUUUUUUAAGUCCCCAUGGGAAGGGGCACAAACGAACAUACACUGCGCAGUUGAGGAAAGUUUGGAAAACGUAACGGGGAAAUAUUUCAGUGAUUGUGCGGUGGUUCAGGAAUCUAAGGCAGCAAGGGAUGACGAGGCAGCCAAUUCGUUGUGGGAAAUGUCCGCCAAAAUGGUGGGGCUACAGCAAUAACUCUCAACAUACCCCUUAACCUAGAAACCACAGACCUCGCUGGCCGCUGACAUACCGGUACCCCACAGAGAUGUUUUAACAUAGUCCCUAAAACAAUGUUUACAUGUUUUUUCCUACUCUAGAGUUCACAUGUAAAGCUGAGAUACGAGAUUUAUAUUGUGCAUUUGAACAUAUUGCAAAUAAUCAUAUCAUUGUCAAAAUAAAGUUUGAACUCAUUUGUCUAGGAUGUAGUUUUUAGAUAAUACAUGUAUGUCAAGAAAUCAACUAUUGUGUAUAGUGCUUGUGGCUAAUUUGUUAUUUAUGUUCUAAUCAUCCAAUUGUAAAAUAAUAAAUGCCAAACAAAUUAAACCUUUACAACCCCCUCCCCACACCUGGUUUCACCGGUAGAGAACUAGAUAAAACCAUUUUUAACAAGGUCUUGGACUUUCGGUAGGAUGUCAUAUCUAUAUCUUGAGUCAAAACAAGUUAAAAUGACGAUGGUUUCGAGCGAAAUAUACACCGACUGCGUAGUUUUCACUCAUAAGCCAGACAAAUCUUGUUGAUUUCAAAGAGCCAUGGCUGAAUGGCCAGCAAUUUGACACUACUACCCAAAACCAAAGCUCUUGUUAAGAUGGUUGUAUUUCGAAUUUCACUAAGAAAAUUUACGAUUUCAAUUUUAUAAAUUCGGGUAUUUUGAUUUUUUAAGGAUUAAGAAUCUUGUGCGAAAGUAAAAACUAUCAAUGUUUACGGGUAGAUUGUAAGUUAAAUCUCACAGAGUUUUUUU